GACAAUUCGAUUUUUUAUCCUCCAAACGUUGUUCGAAAAAACACAAGCGUCGAUCAACAAAGAUGAGAAAAUGAUGUGGAAUAUCGUAAAUGUUCACACUGUCUUUAGUUAAAUCAGUAGUCGUAGUUUUCAUUUUGUAUCACACAAAAGGUUUAUCAAGUGCUUCGGGUACAUUCUGACAAGAAAGAACAAAAAUGGACAAUUCAUUCAACACAUUUUCAGUUGUGCAUUAAUUAUAAUUAUUCAUUAUUGGCUAUGUGAAAGUCUUAAUUCAGUAAACCAGUAAACAUUAGACAAAAUUAUUAUUGAUGAAUAUCAUGAUAGUGUAAUGUUAGAACUCCUAAAACGUAAAUUAGGCAAGAUGGCUGUGGGUACAUUCCGUAGCAACGUGUGGGACCCAGUGUUGAUUACGGGACAGAUUAUCUGCAUGCAGUGCCAGUUCCUCAUUACGCUCGGUGUCUGGGUGUAUGCGCUCAACAUUCUACUAGGAUACAACACUUCUGUUGAUCAGCUCUUCAAACAGGCCGACAAAGGUCUUUUCACCGAAGGGCCUGGAAAAGCUAAUACAAUGGCAUAUGCUCUAAAUUGCUUAACAAGUGCGGUGGGACUCUGGUUAAUCGUGGGAAGAACAAAACAUUGUUUAGACUUUGCUGUGACUACACACUUUGUACAUUUCAUAAUGUGUUGGAUUGUAAAUGGCCACAUACCGCACACAGUCUCAUGGUGGAUUUUAAACUUGGUGGGCAUCACACUGAUGACAGUGCUGGGGGAGUAUAUGUGCAUGAGGUCAGAGAUUAAAGCCAUUCCACUACUCGCAAUGGGGCCAAAAGCGGACCUGUAAGCUGUAAUAUAAGGAAGUGUUCAUAUAUGUGCUGUGAUAUAACAGUGUAAUGUUAAUAUUUAUUGUCCUCAGUCUUCUGGUCCGCCAAAUUCUACAGUGCUCUGCAGAGGAUAACUUGUUUCAGACGACUUUUGAAUCAUGGCCAGAUACCCAUGGUGCUUGAUUACACUAUACCAUGUGACAUUUUUCUGGAAAAAUCUUACACCAGAAAUCUUAUUUUGUGAGAUGGCAAAUUGACCGUUAGAUUUAUCUUUCUAAAUUUAUUUAAAUUUCUUUUCAGAAUCAUAUUGCAUAAUCAUGAUUGGUUAGUUGGUAGUGAUCCUGCAUGUGGGACAAAAAGUAUUGCCUUGUUGGUUAAGUUGUCUCACCAAAACCAUGGAAUUUUGUCAAUUCUAUAUUUAAAUAGUCAGGAUUAUUCCUUUAUUUCAUAAAAAGAAUUAUGUCAGUCAAUUAUCAAACAUUCUUGUAGACCACUGCAUGUACUACCAGUGCAAACAAAAUGUGUCACAUGGGUGCUGACAGUGACUCUGAACAAAACCUUAACAGUAAUGGCAAUAUACAUGUAGCUGCAUUUGUUUUGAUGCAAGUAUAGUUUUGAUAAGUUUAUUAAGAUGUGAUACGUCUGUGUUGGCAAAACAUUUCUUGAAGUGCUAGUUAUUAUACAGUGUACUACAAAGCAUGAUUUCCAUUUAGUACAAUACUAUUGACAGCCUUUAAUCUUGCCUGCCUCACCUGGCAAAUAUUAUUAGGGAUCAUUUGUCAAAUAGUAAGGCAUCACCUAAUACAAUAUUUACAAAGAAUUAGAUGGCACAAUUUAUUGCCUCAGGCUCUUUUUUACUUGUUCAGACGAGCGUUGAACUCCGCUGCACUCUCUUUGUACCUGUUCUUGUAUAUAAGAAAAACUGAGUUGUCAAAACAGGAUUUGUAUUUAAAGAUCAUUUACUGUAUUAUCAUUUGUUGCAAUAUUUGAAUACAUGUUUAUUUGUACAUGUUCGGUAAUGUUUUGUCAGUUGUUAUGACUUAUUACAUACUCAUUCAUAUACAUGACGAUGAUGUACUUGUGAAUUUUGUUGAGGAUGAACGAUUUUCAUGUCAUAUGUUUUAGAUUACAGAAGAUUGCCCAAAUUCAAUUCUUCCAAGAUUUAACAGUUAAAUAUAGCAAAUAACACGUCAUGUUUUAUAUUGAUGAAUAUAGUAACAAUUGUUCCUUUUUUAUAGAACUUGAUAUCAAGUGUACGGAUAAUCUGAUACAUGUAUAUAUCUCUACAUAGUUUAAUAUUCAUUUCCUUGAAUUGUCUGUUAUGAAUUCCCAUGUACAGAUCACUUAAUUGAAGGUCAACUUGCAUAUUUUUGUGGCAACAACACAUAGUACAUUUAACACUCCUGUGUAUAAAGUCCUUUUGUACAGUCACCCAUAACCAGUAUCCAGUAUCAUUUAAUUUAUUCAUUUUCUUGUUACAUUUGUAAUGGUAUUGCUGGUUUUUAUUAUUAAAAUAAUGUCAGCUUUAACAUUGACAUAAUUAUACUAUUUCAAUAUUGUUCAUGCAAUUGAUAAUUGUUGUUCGAUUAAAUAUUAAAUAAUUAUGAGUCAUACAUGAUGUUAUUUUACUGAAUAAAUGAAUCUUUAUCUAAAGUUUUGAUUAAUAUUUGUUUU